AUGGCAGAGGAAACGAACGCUUUUUUCAACUUCCCUCGGGAGGAGGAAAAAGUUGUUGCGCAUUGGGAUGAGCUUGAUGCGUUCAAGAAGUCGCUCGAGUUGACCAAAGACUACCCAAGGUUUGCCUUUUUCGAUGGACCUCCAUUUGCCACCGGUACACCCCAUUACGGCCAUUUGUUGGCAUCCACCGUGAAAGAUAUUAUCCCAAGGUAUGCCACCAUGAAUGGGUACCACGUGGAGAGAAGAUUUGGCUGGGACACGCACGGAUUGCCCAUUGAGCAUGAGAUCGACAAGAAGUUAGGAAUCACUGGAAAGGAAGAUGUCAUGAAAAUGGGUAUUGACAAGUAUAAUGCUGAGUGCAGGUCUAUUGUCAUGAGAUACGCAGAUGAAUGGAGAAGAACUAUUCGCAGAUUGGGCCGUUGGAUCGACAUGGAGAACGAUUACAAGACCUUGUAUCCCGAGUUCAUGGAGUCUGUUUGGUGGGCUUUCAAGCAAUUGUUUGACAAAGAUUCUGUGUACAGAGGUUUACGUGUCAUGCCGUACUCCACAGGGUGCACUACGCCGUUGUCAAACUUCGAGGCUCAACAGAACUACAAGGAUGUGAACGAUCCGGCCGUCACCAUUGGAUUUCCAUUGCUUGACGACGAGAACACGUGGUUGGUUGCCUGGACCACUACGCCUUGGACUUUGCCUUCCAACAUCGGUCUUGCUGUGCACCCUGAACUUGAGUACGUGAAGAUCUACGAUGAGGAGAAGCAAAGACACUACAUUUUGUUGGAGAAGUUAAUCAAGUCUUUGUACAAGAAGCCUGCUGCUGCCAAGUACAAGGUGGUUGACAGAUUCAAGGGUAAGACCUUGGAGGGUCUCAAGUACGUGCCUUUGUUCGACUAUUUCUACGAGCAGUUCAAGGAUCAUGGAUUCCGCGUCAUUCUCGCCGACUACGUUACAGAUGAUUCUGGUACCGGUAUUGUCCAUCAGUCCCCAGCGUUUGGUGAGGUUGAUUUCACCGCGGCCACAGAAGCUGGUAUUAUCAACGAGAAAAGAACGCCACCGAACCCCGUGGACGACAACGGUAAGUUCACCGAGGAAGUCGCAGAAUUUAAAGGCAUCUACGUGAAGGAUGCCGACAAAUUAAUCAUUAAAAAGUUGACUGAAACUGGUAGAAUGUUGCUUGCCACUCAGAUCAAUCACUCUUACCCUUUCUGCUGGAGAUCAGACACUCCGUUGUUGUACAGAACCGUGCCUGCCUGGUUUGUGCGUAUCGGCGAGAUCAUUCCUCAAAUGUUGGAAAACGUGGAGAAGACCAACUGGGUACCUAACACCAUUAAGGAAAAGAGAUUCUCCAACUGGAUUGCGAAUGCCAGAGACUGGAACAUUUCAAGAAACAGAUACUGGGGUACCCCGAUUCCUUUGUGGGUUAGUGACGAUUUCAAGGAGAUUGUUUGUGUGGGAUCGGUCGAGGAAUUGAAGAAGUUGUCUGGUCGCGAUGACAUCACUGAUAUUCACAGAGACAGCAUUGAUGACAUCACUAUCCCAUCUCAGCAAGGUAAGGGAGUUUUGAGAAGAAUUGAAGAGGUAUUUGACUGUUGGUUUGAAUCUGGUGCUAUGCCUUUUGCCUCUCAACACUACCCGUUCGAGAGACAGGACGAGUUCCAUAAGGCUUUCCCUGCCAACUUCAUCUCUGAAGGUUUGGACCAGACCAGAGGCUGGUUCUACACUCUUACUGUGCUAGGUACCCACUUAUUCAACACCGCUCCUUACCAAAACGUUAUUGUUUCCGGUAUUGUCUUGGCCGCAGACGGUAAGAAGAUGUCCAAGCGUUUGAAGAACUACCCUGACCCGAGCAUUGUUUUGGAGAAAUACGGUGCUGAUGCUUUGAGAUUGUACAUGAUCAACUCUCCUGUUUUGAAGGCCGAAACCUUAAAGUUUAAGGAGGAGGGUGUCAGAGAAGUUGUCUCUUCUGUGUUGUUGCCAUGGUAUAACUCGUUCAAGUUCUUCAAGGACGCCGCAGAUGUCUUCAAAAAAGAAAACAAUGUCGACUUUGUGUACGACCCAACGUUAGUGUCUGACAAUGUUAUGGACAAAUGGUUGAUGGCGUCUGUACAGUCUUUGGUCAAAUUUGUUCACGAGGAGAUGCAGAGUUACAGAUUGUACACUGUCGUUCCUAGAUUGUUGGCCUUUAUUGACAAUUUGACUAACUGGUACAUCAGAUUUAACCGUCGCCGUAUUAAAGGUGAUAACGAGGGUGAUCUCCAGGACACCAAAAAAGGUCUUAACACUUUGGCCGAGGGAUUGUUCAUCUUGUGCAGACUCAUGGCUCCAUUUACGCCAUUUUUGGCCGAUGGCAUCUAUCAGAAGUUGAAGCCUUACUUCACAGUUGAUGACUUGAUUAAAGACAGUGUCAACCCUGCUGCCAAGGCCAUUGACUCUGUUCAUUUCUUGGCCUACCCAGCAGUCAGAGAAGAGUUGUUUGACUCGGCUAUUGAAUUGGCUGUCUCCAGAAUGCAAAAGGUUAUUGACUUGGGUCGUAACAUCAGAGAAAAGAAGACCAUUUCUUUAAAGACCCCAUUGAAGGAAUUGGUCAUUCUUAACUCUGACGCCGGAUACUUGAAGGACAUCGAUAGCUUGAAAUCAUACAUUGUGUCUGAAUUGAAUGUCAGAAACAUUGUCAUCACCUCAGAUGAGCAGAAAUACGGCGUGCAAUAUAAGGCCGUUGCCGAUUGGCCAGUGCUCGGUAAAAAAUUGAAGAAAGAUGCUAAGAAAGUUAAGGCUGCAUUGCCAAAUGUUUCUUCGGAUGAGGUAAAGCAGUUUUCCGAAACUGGAAAGCUCACCGUUGAUGGCAUUGACUUGGUGAGCGAGGACUUGCAAGUGCAACGUGGAUUGCCAGAAGAGGAAGUCACAUCUGGCCACGAGGCCAGAUCCGAAAAAGACGUUUUGAUUAUUUUGGAUGUCAACUCAUAUCCCGAAUUGCAAAGUGAGGGUUUGGCCAGAGAAUUGAUCAAUCGUAUCCAAAGAUUGCGUAAAAAGGCUGGCUUGAAUGCCACUGAUGAGGUCGCUGUCCAAUAUAAGUUGUCCAAGGACACCAUCGAUUUUGAAAGUGUCAUUAAGAGCAAUGAGGAUCUUAUCCUCAAAUCUACCAAAAGAGCCUUGAGUUCUUUUGCUGAUCUGGCUGAGGGCGUCAUUAUUGACGAGGAGCAAUCAAUUAACGAUACAGUCUUUAACUUGAGGUUAUUGAAGUUGUGA